GGUCCCCUGACCGGUCCGGACCAUCCCUGAUGACCCCAGAGUGAUCGGGUCCUUCGACCUGAACCAUUUCUCUCUGCGCAUCAUGUCUGUCGACUACCAAGCCGUAGCCCCUGGUCCUCAGCCACACCACCAGACAGCUGGUCCUUCCCUCCAGACCCUCCCCCGUCUGGCCUUCUCAGAGGACUCUAGGGUGGUGCUGGGUGACUCUAAGGAGGGGGCGUUUGCCUACGUUCACCACCUGACGCUCUAUGACCUGGAGGCCCGGGGCUUCGUCCGCCCGUUCUGCAUGGCCUACGUCUCUGCCAACGAGAGGAAGAUCAUGAUGCAAUUCCAGGAGCUGUCGCUCCUCUUCUCCCGCGCCUCCGAGUGCCUGAAGACCGGAAACCGACGGGCCUUCGCCCGCGAGCUGCAGAGGAAGCUUCAUGACCUAGAGUACACACGAUCCAUCCUUCAAGCAGCGCUUCAAAGGAUAUCCAAUGAGGGUGCGGAGAUCAGGGAGGAGGCGGAGCUGCAGAAGAUGGCCAACGAGCUUGCUAGCGUGGAUCGUUCCAUCCUGGACCACAGAUCCCUCCUCCACCAGGUCACUUCCUAUCCCAACAGGAAGUUAAAAGACCCAGGCUUUCUGCCCUACGACCCCUCCCUGAUCCCAGAGACCCUCCCCUUGACUCCUGAUCCCCCCUCCCCCUCAUACACCCCCCAGCUGGUUUCCGGGGCGUCGCUAGGGGGCGGGGGCUGGUCAGCGAGGCGGUUCGACCGCCGUCUGAAGCCGUUGGAGGAGCUGAGCGACUGCUACUUCCUGUCUCUGACGCUAGAACAGCUGGGCAACGCAGAACGCCGUCUCCGUGGAGACCAGAGUGUUCUACACAACCGUCGCAUCACACACGGGCUCUCCAGGAAGCUUUCACACACACAGUUCCUGUUCCAGCUCUGGGACCAGGAGGAAGAGGAGGACCUGGAGGAGGAGGGGGCGGGGCUAGAGGGAGGAAGCGGCGUGAUGUCGCAUCCUGUGGCGGGGGCGGGACCACCGAGCCUGGAGUCGUUCUUCUCCUGCGUGGAGGAGGUGUCAAUCAAACUGGAGACAGGAAGUGGAGGGGCGGAGCCGACACUUGAUCCUGAAGGAGAAGGAGUAACCGCGGAGACGAGACCAGGCAGCGCGAGCAGCGGAGACAGCAUUGAGGUUCUGGGGACGGAGCGCUCGUAUAGAACACAGGGACUAACCCACGUGGAACUCAGAGAGUUGUCUGGUGGGUUGGGUCAGGGUGAAGGCUGUGAUGUGGUGCGGAGUUGUGCCCCUGCGGAGGUGUGGAUGAGACGUGACGUGCGGUCCCUGGCGCGGAGGGCGAACAGCGAGGACAGUAUUGAGAUCAUCAGCACCUCAGACUCCAUCUUCCCCGACGACCUCAUCUUCAACGCCAUCACAGAGGAGGAGCCUGAGGAGCAUGGAAUCAUGGGUAGUGUAAUCCAGGAAGAGGAGGAGGAGGAGGCAGCAGGUGAGGACACGCCCAUUCAGCAGCACAGCACCCUGGGUAUUGUAGUUCACGAGCAGGAGGAGCAAACUCGGCACCAAAGAAUCCUGGGUAAUAUAGUCCAGACGGAGGGAAAGGAGGAGCUAAAGGACACUCCCACUCGGCUGCACCGCACCCUGGGUAUUGAAGUCCGGGAAUUGGAAGAGGAGAAGCCAGAGAGAUGGGACACUCCGGCCCCCUUGUCUGAGCCCCAGAGAACUCUGGUCCACCAGGUGUCAGUAGAGGGCUCCUCCCAGCAGUACGAGGGUCAUCAUGCCAACGGCGAGGUCAGAGGUCAGGCUGGGCGUGACAGCAGGCGGGUGGUGGUGCCUGACCUCCAGGUGAACUUUUCUAUCCCCUUGAGGUUAGAUGUUAGAGGUCGGGGGUCAGGGGGGCGGCGGUUGCUAGGCGACACCCCUUACAGGCUGAGUGUAGACGAGGCAUCGGACUGUAUGAGCAACGUCAGCACCUCUCCAUCUUCCUCUCUGCCCCCCACACAUCUCCAUGGCAACCACAGCGCUAGUAAUCCGCGACGACAUCAGCGCCAGAGGAGGAAGGCGGGUCCUGGAGCCCUCAGGUUCCUGCGGCAGAAUUCCUUCUCCCAGAAUGCCGUGUUCUGCCUGCUAAGUGGACGGCCGCUGGUGGUGAUUGGUGGAGAGGAGGGUUCCGUGAGGAGGACGGUCGCUGCCCUCUCGCUCUACCUGCCUUCACCUGGUCGCUAUGGAGAUGCUGUGCAGCCUUACUUGGCCACGCCUCUUCAGCUGACAGACCUGCUCACCUGGAGACUCAUCGGAAUCCACAGGACGUCUCCUACAGCUCCCAGCAUGCUUCACUCUCUGGCUCGUUACGGACGGUACCUGGCCGUGCUGGACCUGGACCAGCGUACACUGAGAAGCCCCGCCUACCACGGACACCUCAUUGGCCGGCUGGCCAACCCCCACACUCUGAUAGGUCGUGGCAGCACCUACCUUCUCCACGUGGAGAGCUGCCUCGCUGAGCUGACCGCUAAGGCCUUCCUGUUCUCCUGUUCUCCUGACCUUUCAACUCUAACAUCGGGUAGAGCUCAGAGUUCACCUGGGGGUCAGGCACCACCCAUCUGCCACAGCCACUCUGACCUCCAGCUUCCCAGCCUCCCCGGGGAGGACGAUGACUUCACGCUGACUCAGCGUCGCAGGGACUUCCUGUGUGGGCGGGGUUUCAGCGGGGAGGAUGACCUCCGGGUGAUGGACUUCCUGUCUGACCUCAUCAAACAGCACCACGCAGGAAGUGGUCCUCCGGCCCUCCGCUUCUCCUACAGUGCCGUCCCUUUACAUAGAAAUACCACAACAUAGAUAUAUAUCCCUGUCCCUUUACAUAGAAAUACCACAACAUAGAUAUACAUCCCUGUCCCUUUACAUAGAAAUACCACAACAUAGAUAUACAGCCCUGUCCCUUUACAUAGAAACACCACAACAUAGAUAUACAGCCCUGUCCCUUUACAUAGAAAUACCACAACAUAGAUAUACAUCCCUGUCCCUUUACAUAGAAAUACCACAACAUAGAUAUACAGCCCUGUCCCUUUACAUAGAAACACCACAACAUAGAUAUACAGCCCUGUCCCUUUACAUAGAAAUACCACAACAUAGAUAUACAGCCCUGUCCCUUUACAUAGAAACACCACAACAUAGAUAUACAGCCCUGUCCCUUUACAUAGAAGUACCACAACAUAGAUAUACAGCCCUGUCCCUUUAAAUAGAAAUACCACAACAUAGAUAUACAGCCCUGUCCCUUUACAUAGAAAUACCACAACAUAGAUAUACAGCCCUGUCCCUUUACAUAGAAACACCACAACAUAGAUAUACAGCCCUGUCCCUUUACAUAGAAACACCACAACAUAGAUAUACAGCCCUGUCCCUUUACAUAGAAAUACCACAACAUAGAUAUACAGCCCUGUCCCUUUACAUAGAAAUACCACAACAUAGAUAUACAGCCCUGUCCCUUUACAUAGAAACACCACAACAUAGAUAUACAGCCCUGUCCCUUUACAUAGAAAUACCACAACAUAGAUAUACAGCCCUGUCCCUUUACAUAGAAGUACCACAACAUAGAUAGAAUCUAGUCCUUAAUUUACCCCCCCCUCCCCCCGAUCACCUUCACAAACUGUUAUGUAAUGUUCAUUGGUGUGUGUGUGUGUUAAUGCAGACUGUAAUGUAAUGGUCAUUGGUGUGUGUGUGUGUUAAUGCAGACUGUAAUGUAAUGGUCAUUGGUGUGUGUGUGUUAAUGCAGACUGUUAUGUAAUGUUCAUUGGUGUGUGUGUGUUAAUGCAGACUGUAAUGUAAUGGUCAUUGGUGUGUGUGUGUUAAUGCAGACUGUUAUGUAAUGUUCAUUGGUGUGUGUGUGUGUGUGUGUGUGUGUGUUAAUGCAGACUGUUAUGUAAUGUUCAUUGGUGUGUGUGUGUUAAUGCAGACUGUUAUGUAAUGUUCAUUGUGUGUGUGUGUGUGUGUGUGUGUGUUAAUGCA